AUGGAUCCAGAAAUUGGGGAAGACGAACAAGGUGAGCACAAUCGCCAAAGUCGCGUGUUAAUGCUGGAGAUUAUCGAGAAUCAGCGUUGGUACCCUAUACUGGGCUGGUCGGCGCGGCUGCACGCGGACGACCCUCCUGCUUGGUGUACUACUAAUCAAGAGAGUUGUCUUAGUAAAGAUGAGCAAAAGGAUUAUGUGUGGACGGUCUAUAAGGGCGUAGAUUAUGAUAAAGAUGGCUGGCUCUAUGGUGAGCUAUUUAACGACACAUUGGGUCAAAUGACACGUUCCAGUGUCGUUCGCGCACGAGUUUGGAUGGGCAAUAAAAGAACAGAGCUCACGGAAGUCAACGACCAAUCUCAUGACGAUAUUUCCCUGAGAAUUGCAAAUAAUUUAGGUAUGGUCGACAGCAACCACAUGCCCAUUUUGGAUACCAAGAAAAAUGAAGAAACAGCAAAUUUAAGCGCAGAACAAAGUUGCGAAACGUUGGGUGACUUGACCACAAUGGUUGGAAAGGACAAUGUGGAAAUGGGCAUGGCAGGUUAUUCCGAUAAAGGAUUGACUACACCGGCUGGUGCGAAAGAGGAUAAUACGAAUAGCGAGGAACCGAGCUAUUUAGGAUUUUUUGGUAGAUUUUCGUCGGCUGUGAUUUCUUUGCCAUCAUCAGCGAUUAGUUUGGCAGGAUCGUCGUCAAUGCAAGCAGUUUAUGGAACGGUGCAGUCCAUCAAGGAAGCAUCAGUAUAUGGAUUGGAGAUGGCGCAAGCAGCAACAGCUGCUGCAAUUUACGUGGAGCCACAGGCCUUGCCAAUGAUCAAGUACGAUUCGUACGAGGAAAUUCAGUCGAUGCUGUCUAAGCGUUUUCCUGACCUAUCUCCGGUUGAACGAUCCUUGGUGACGUGCUGCAAAGAUAGCGUCCCAAAAUAUGUAUCUCCUCCCGAAGUGACCGAGUCAAAAAACUGCAAGGAAUGCAACAUAGAGUUUGGCAUGACAAAAUUUCGCUAUCUAUGCGGCUAUUGCUGUGAGUCUUUCUGUCGAGAUCAUUUGCCUGAAUCAGCAAUUAUUCGCGCCUAUGGUCACAUGACGUCGUCAAAGUUAUGCAAGAAUUGCCACUACAUUAUUACAGAAAAGAUUGAUCGACAGCUCGUGCAGUGGCGCAUUGAACGUGUAAAUGAUUUCUUUGUCGACAAGCUCAUUCCGUAUUACAACACAGUCACAGACACCGCAGUUGACAAGAUCAUGCGUGCAGCUGGCGGAACCCUCGUCGCUGCAAAGUCUGCGCCUAUUGGCGCAGCAACUAAAAUGGCUGUCGUCAGCGUUGAUUUCUUACGAAAAUACGGCAGAGCUGGCUUGAUUGGGUUCAUUUUGCGUAACGAGUUCAUACAGUCUUUUUCAACGCUCAAAGGAUUACUCGGUGACUUAGGUGAUCUUGGUUUCCAAGAUGCUGCCAUUGGCACAUAUUACUUUAUGGCCAUGAACCGAGGAGACCGCGGUGCAGAGCCUGAGAGAGAGAAGAACAGUCAUUAUGGAUGUGAAUCAGUCUCGGACGAAGUUUUGGCAAAGAUGCUAAAAUACGCGCCUUUAGCUCUUCAUGGCAUCUAUGAGGAGGACGUUUUGGACAUACAACGCAUAAGUCGAUUGCAAGGGUUUCUACUCAUAUAUGCACAUGUUCAAAAUCAGGGUGUUCGUCAUCCUUCCUUUGCCUUACUGGGCAACAAGGAGACAAAGACCGCCCUUGUCUUGAUUCGAGGCUCCAAAUCGGUUCAAGAUGCACUGACGGACAUCCAGGCUUGUCCCGAAGAAAUCGGUUUAUCUUCGGCUGGUGCAGAAAGUGAAGCAACUGGUGGCUUUGUGGACGCAUUUGCGCACAAUGGAAUGUUAAAAGCUGUGAUGUGGAUCAAGGACAGAAUUAUCAAGUCUCUUCGUGUUCUUCAUAGUGAAGGUUACCAGCUCGUUUUUGCUGGUCACUCGCUUGGAGCUGGUUGUGCAACAUUGCUGUCGGUCAUGCUGCAGAAAGAGUUCAAUGAUCUUGAAUGCUUUGCAUACGCUGUGCCCGCGUGUGUGGACUUCAGUAUGGCUGAAUCGUGCGAAAACUUUGUACAUUCAAUAAUUCUUCGAGAUGAUAUUGUCCCUCGCGCCAAAGCAUCGAAUGUGAUGAAGCUGGUUGAGGAACUUAAAAACUUCAAGGGGUGCUGGCGUGACACAGCGUUUGAAGAUUUCGAGGCAUUUAAAGACCGCGCAAAGACGUUGUGGGCACCGAGAAAGCGAGAGUGGGCCAAAGAAGCUGCUGAUCAAAGGAGGGGGAAGCUUGCUAGGGGUACUGAUUCCAAAGACACACUUUUAUUGGCAGAGAAAAAGGCGAAGGAGAGUGAAAAAAAUGAAGGCAUCUCGACUUGGACACUAACGCGAACGAAUUUGAUUGACCAGCUAGACAAGAUUGGAGAUAAACAAAGCGAAGACGAGCCUUCAGAUGAGAUACUCAAGGAGGAGCACCAAAUUGCUGCGGUGUUGAUUACCAAUCUGUAUGAUGAUCCUAAGGAGCUUUUUGUUCCGGGUAAAGUGACACAUAUUUAUUUUUACAAAGGUAUUUAUGAAGCCGUGCAUGUUGACCGCAAGUGUGAAGAGCUAUCGCAUAUUCCAGUGCAGCAAAACAUGUUGAGUGAUCAUUUGGGCCGCAACUAUUUAAGCGCUCUGCGUAUUGUGCGUGACGCUCGUCGUGCCAAGCCUACGCUGCCCGACUGGACACCAUUCAGCACAAAGACGCGCUGCAUGUGCUGCGAUUCGCCGUUUACGUGGAACUCGACGUCGUCCAGUGAAGCACAGCAGAACCGAGACCAGCACAAUUGUCGACGCUGUGGCGCUCUCGUUUGUGAAGGCUGCUCUCAAAAAUUCAGGUCGAUUCCAGAAUUUGGCAUCAACGUGCCUGUUCGGGUUUGUGAUCGCUGCUAUUACGAGGUUUAG